CCCCACAUGAACGCCAAAAUCUCUGCUGGUUUCUCUGUCCCCCAGUAGGGACCUUCUGCCAGGGGCCACGCUUGGAUUCCCAACCUCUAGCUGCGCCCAAAAUUGAUGAUAAUGAAGACACUGACGGUGAUGGUGUUCAUGAAGUUACAAACCGAGAUAGUCCAGUUUAUCCCAAAUGUUUACUCGAUGAUGACCUUGUCCUGGGAGUUUACAUUCACCGAACUGAUAGACUUAAGUCAAAUUUUAUGAUUUCUCAUCCGAUGGUAAAAAUUCAUGUGGUUGAUGAGAAUACUGGUCAAUAUGUCAAGAAAGAUGAUAGUGAACGCCCUGUUUCUUCUUAUUAUGAGAAAGAAACUGUGGAUUAUAUUCUUCCUAUUAUGACCCAGCCAUAUGAUUUUAAACAGUUAAAAUCAAGACUUCCAGAGUGGGAAGAACAAAUUAUAUUUAAUGAAAACUUUCCUUAUUUGCUUCGAGAUUUUGAUGAAAGUCCUAAAGUCAUUCUGUUCUUUGAG